AUACAGGAUAAGCUUUUCAAGAACUUAAUGUUUCAAUUACUGUUAAAAACUCGUAUUUCACUAUUUCCUGAAUUAAGAAAAAGGAACCGGACAAAAUUGUCCAGCGAACUAAGUGCUAAAUCAAACUGUAUUUCGUCUGUCGCCAAAAUUACACAAUUACUCCUGGAGACAUCCCGACGUUACUUUUUUUAAACAAGGAACCGAGAUGGUGAUGAAAUUCUCCAGGCCCUGAAAAAUAUUUGAACAAAACCGUGAUGAAUCCCAAGCGAACCUCAAGUAUCCACAAGAUCCGGGACAUUCACUUGCAGAGGAUAGACUUAAAUGAUCAGUAUGAUAUUCUAAGAGAAAUUGGUUCAGGAGAUUACGGGAAGGUGGUGUUAGCUGUUUUAAGGGAGCGGCAAGAAGAAGUUGCUUUAAAGAUUGUUCCCAAGGCAACCACAUCCUCGAAAGAUUUCCAAAUAGAGUUUCAUUAUAGCUAUUUCCUUUCCCCACAUAUAAACAUUCUUAAUACUUAUGACGUGGCCUUCGAAACAACAGACUACUAUAUCUUUGCCCAAGAGGUGGCGCCCUCUGGAGACCUGUGGCAAGUAAUUGAAAAGCAGAACGGCAUGGAAGAGAAUGACGUAAAACUCGUGGUUAAACAGGUGACGUCAGCGCUUGAGUUCAUGCAUAGCAAAGAUUUGGUUCAUAGGGACGUUAGAGCAGAAAAUGUCUUAAUAUUCCAGACGAACUUUACCAAAGUUAAACUAACCGACUUCGGACUAACUCGGCGGGCUGGGACACUGGUGAAAAAGCGCACCCGUUCCCUACCCACUUGUCCGCCAGAGAUUUGGGAGACAGUUCACAUGGAGGGUUAUAACGUUGAAAUCGGUUCCGAUGUGUGGCAGAUGGGCAUGCUCAUCUUUGCGGCUCUCUUUGCCAACUUUCCUUGGCAAAAAGCUGACAUUACAGAUCCUGAUUUCAGAGUAUUUAUGCAAUGGCAAAAAAGGAAGACCACCAGAAUUCCAAAAAAGUUCAAAAUAUUCACGCCUCGAUUGCUGAGACUCUACCGACGACUGAUGGACGCCAAACCGUCAAAACGCUACGAAAUAACGGAAGUAUACAAGUACGUGGGAGAUAAAUGGUUAGUCCCUCGAAGUUCACGGACGAGUAACGUAAGCAAAACUCCUGAACCUUCUGACCAUAGCGAAGUGAGAGAAGAAACACUGGAAGAGAUUUUGUCGAAUUUCGGACUGAAAGACCAUGUAAACAAAGACGAUAAGGAGCAGCGAGUCUACGAUUGGAUACUGUCCAGUACAAAAGACAAAGGUAGUUAA